AUGCGACAGGCACUUGAUUCCUCCUCCAUAUGAACCUGGAGCCUCUGUCGUAGAUCGCCUCCGGGAUGAACCACAGGCUGCCACCCAGACCUGCCGGUUACACCGACAGCCCCAGGGCUCGGAGCCGCGACAACCUGCUGAUGAACGAUGACCUCGUAGAGGAGAACUGCUGCUCGGGGCGGUGCCUCGGCCACAGCAGCUCUGACAGACAGCUCUUGGCUCGUAUCACGGCUGUUAAACGACGGCAGGCCCUCCGUGGUCCAUCCUACAUGUUCUGUGGCCCCUUGGUCAGCCUGUCAGAAGUGGAGCAGCGGUUCCUCGAGGCAGCUGAGUAUGGCAACAUACCAGAGGUGCGGCGCAUGCUGCUACACGUGCCCAACUUGAAUGUCAACGCCGUGGACUACAUGGGCCAGAAUGCACUGCAGCUAGCCGUAGCCAACGAGCAUCUGGAGGUGACGGAGCUGCUGCUGGGGAGGGCGGAUAUGUCCCGGGUGGGGGACGCCCUCCUGUUAGCCAUCAGUAAAGGAUAUGUUCGUAUCACAGAGGCCCUGUUGAGUCACCCAGAGUUUAGAGAUGCCCGUCGUCUGACAGCCAGCCCCGCUCAAGCAGACAUGUUGGAUGACUUCUACGCUUAUGAUGAGGACGGGACGAGGUUCUCUCACGACGUGACGCCAGUGAUCCUUGCGGCGCACUGCCAGGAAUACGAGAUAGUUCACACCCUGCUGAGUAAAGGGGCUCGCAUCGAACCCCCUCACGAUUACUUCUGCGGCUGCGACUCCUGCAACUACCAGCAGCAGUUUGACUCCUUCAGCCACUCGCGGUCGCGGAUCAAUGCCUACAGAGGACUCGCCAGUCCUGCUUACCUCUCCCUGUCCAAUGAAGACCCCGUGCUGGCCGCCCUGGAGCUCAGCAACGAACUGGCGAUGCUGGCUGACAUCGAGAAAGAAUUCAAGAGCGAGUACUGCUGUCUGUCGAGCCAGUGCAAGGACUACGUGGUGGGCCUCCUGGAUCUGUGCCGCAGCACCGAGGAGGUGGAGGCCAUACUGAGCGGAGACACCGACUCUGAUGACAGUUACGAUCUCCCUGGUCGGCCAUCUCUCACGCGGCUCAAAUUAGCCAUCAAGUACGAGCUCAAAAAGUUUGUGGCUCAUCCUAACUGCCAGCAGCAGCUGCUGAGCAUCUGGUACGAGAAUCUCCCCGGCCUCAGACAACAGACCACCGCUAUCAAACUGCUGGUGGUGCUGGCGGUGGCUAUAGGCCUGCCCGGACUGGCUCUGGCUUACUGGAUCGCUCCGUGCAGCAGAGUGGGGAGGGUGAUGCGGAGCCCCUUCAUGAAGUUUGUGGCCCACGCCUCAUCCUUCACCAUUUUUCUGGGUCUUCUGAUCCUGAACGCUGCGGACCGUUUCGCGGGCACCACCCUGCUGCCGAACAUGACCCACCUUCAGCACCCGGACGGGCCCAAGUAUGACCCGUUGCUGCUCUACCGCAUGACCACCACACCGUUCACGUGGAUGGAGAUCCUCAUCAUCUCAUGGGUCAUGGGUAUGAUCUGGGCCGAGGUGAAGGAGAUCUGGAGUCAGGGGCCGGGGGAGUACCUGCUCGAGCCGUGGAACUUCCUGGACUUUGGGAUGCUGGCGAUCUUCCUCGCCUCCUUCAGCUGCCGCUUCUCCAUCCUGAGACACGCCAACUUGGCCCAGACCUUUGUACGCGCACGCUACACAACACUGAAUAAUAUCCAGCUGCCUCCUGAGAUAGAGUACUUUACAAAGGCGCGGAUCUUCUGGCUGCCGUCAGACCCCCAGCUGGUGUCGGAGGGCCUGUAUGCAGUCGCGGUGGUGCUGAGCUUCUCCCGGAUCGCCUACAUCCUCCCAGCCAACGAGAGCUUUGGCCCGCUGCAGAUCUCUUUAGGCAGGACUGUCAAGGACAUCUUCAAGUUCAUGGUCAUCUUCAUCUUGGUGUUUCUGGCGUUCAUGAUCGGCAUGUUCAACCUGUACUCCUAUUACCUGGGAGCGAAGCAGAACGAUGCCUUCACCACCCUGGAAGAGAGCUUCAAGACGCUGUUCUGGGCCAUAUUUGGACUGUCCGAGGUCAAGUCCGUCAUUAUCAAUAACGGACACAAAUUCAUCGAGAACAUUGGUUACGUGCUGUACGGGGUUUACAACGUCACCAUGGUGAUAGUGCUGCUCAACAUGCUCAUCGCCAUGAUCAACAGUUCCUUCCAGGAGAUUGAGGAUGAUGCCGAUGUUGAGUGGAAGUUUGCUCGUGCCAAACUCUGGUUCUCCUACUUUGAGGAGGGCCGGACGCUCCCCGUGCCCUUCAACCUGGUCCCCAGUCCAAAAACCAUGCUGGGACUGGCCACAGCCAUCAAGUCCCUGCUGCUGCAGCAUGUGGCAGGACACAGCGAGAAGAAAGCCGAGACACCGCUCGAUGAGCUUGGAGAGAGCAAAAACUCAGGUUCAUUUGGUGCGUCUACCAGCCCAACCAGAUAUCGGAUCAUGAAGCGCCUGAUAAAGCGUUACAUCAUCAAAGCCCAAACGGACAGAGAGAGCGACGAUAUCACCGAAGGUGAGCUGAAGGAGAUCAAGCAGGACAUCUCCAGUCUGCGAUACGAGCUGCUGGAGGAGAAAGCCCAGAACCUGGAGACACUGGACGGACUGCUGAGGAGGCUGGGGCAGAUCAGCACGCCUUCGUAGUAACGCUGCCAGUCGCCACGCCUUGUACAUAAGAAUGUACAGCCACAGAGUUUUAAGUGCCUGUUCUCCACCACUGACUGUAGAUAUAGUACAAACAAUGAUAUUAUGAUAAAAUGAGAAUGUAUAUUUGUGAAUGUACAAUUAAAAUUUUGCGAGCUGAUUAGA